AUGCACAAUUACAGAGGACAACGAGGACAAGCUCCUGUCGGUCGACGCCCUCAAUGGGGACGUGGCCGCGGAGGAGGACGAGGAGGACAGACACGCGGAGGUGGACGCAGCAGAGGAGGUGGUUGGGGCCAUGCAGAUGAUACUGCUCCCCAACGCAUCUGCACCCAUUUUAUGCAGCACCGUACUUGUCGAUAUGGCGCGGAUUGCAGAUUCUCUCACGAUGUUCCCGAGUUCACCGCAGAGGAGGAAAACGCGCACGAGGCGUAUUAUGAUUGGAGACGCCAGCUUCGCCAGACCGCUCUCUUAAGCAACUACAACUCGCUGUGGACCGAUGCCCUUGCUAUUUUGGAGGAUGAUACCUAUCGCGAGUGGCAACAGUCCGUCGUGAGAGACCUGGCUGAUGAUGAGUUCGGCGGGCUGGUCAAACUACGACGAACCGUCAAGUCUUGCAUGGACAGCAUUGACAACAGCCAGACGUUUCAAGUAGCCACUCCCUUCCUAAAGGUCCUCACCCAUCAUUCUCUCUGCGACUCACUAUCGGUAGAUGUGUACGCUGGCAAGAUCUACCGCUACUUUGGGGGCAUCAACGGGGAGACCGCGAUCAGCUUUCUGAGCGACCUGAGCCGCCGUUCUAUUUCCAUGUUGGAGAAGGGGACAUCAUUCCCAGCGUCGUGGCAGCCCGAUACGACGUGCACAUUGCUUCUCACCUGCCUCUUGGGACUCGUUCGUCGGGAACGCAAAGCCCUUUUCAACGAUGAUCUCCCGAAACUCGUGGAUGACCUACAGAGAUUUGUCGUGCUUCUUCAGGAAGAUGGAAGCUUCGGGCCCGCGACAGAUAGAUGUACGUCCUGCCUCGACAUUAUGAGGAGAUUGAUGGACUCUGCAACUCUGCUCCUUGGAGAUGCAGAGAUUCAUCCGGGAGCUCGUGGCCAAUCUGGGCCUGUCCGGUCAACAUUUCCGAUGGAUGCCCAUAUACCUGGCGGUAGCCACGACAACGACAACGCCAACAUCUGCAUGAUCCAGAUUCUUCCCACGCAUGGGGAAAUUAUCAGCAGACAUCCUGAGUAUUUACCUACAACGGACUUCUUGCAGGCUCAUUUUCUCGAGGAUCCAGUCCGGCGGCACAUUGACACAGCGUUUCGGCUACUGCGCCAUGAUAUCUUUGGCCCCCUCAAAGAAGCCCUGAAUGGGUUUCUGGCAGAUGAUGAGAAACUCACAUCUAACGCACACCAAUUGAUAGACAACAGUGUCAGGGCUCACGUUUAUGCCAAAGCACAGAUCCAGAGCGUGUUUGUUGGACAACGUACUGGAUUGGAAGUCAUCUUGUCAUUCUCUACCCCUCAACAACUGCGCAAGAGCUCACUAGCCGAUAAACGUCGAUGGUGGCAGGAAUCCUCCAGGCUUGAGCAAGGAGCGUUGGCUUGCUACAUUUCACACGACGAAGGGAGGAAACGACCUCUCUUCUUCGUUGUUACCCACAAAAGCACCGACGAACAAGAUGAUGAUUCCCAGGACAGCACGCUUGUCUCCAAGUAUUCGGAUCCCACUGUCACCGUCAAACUGGCCACUGAAUCUCUGGAGUGUCUGGCACUCCUCGUUCGGUUACAUACAAGCAAACAGUCAGGUUUUCUCGUUGACCUGCCUGGCAUCAUUCCGGAUACCUUUGUUCCGGUCCUCACAAAUCUCCAACGCAUCAUGUCGGAAGGCGAACUUCCAUUCAGUCAAUGGAUUCUACCCGCUCAUGGCAACGCCGGAGAGCGGCCCCAGCAGCUCACCAUACCGCUCCCAGCCUAUGCUCGCAAGCAAGGGUUCGUCUUCAAGCUGGACUCUAUCACCCUCGACAAAAGGAGCUCACUGCGUCUCAAUCCCAGCACCAAUCACCAAGAUAUUGACUUAGACAAGUUCGAGAAUUCUACUGGGCUCAACCCCAGUCAGUGCAGGGCUCUCAUCACUGCUCUCACUCGCGAAUACGCGCUGAUCCAGGGGCCCCCGGGAACAGGAAAGUCAUAUGUUGGCGUGCAGCUUGUCCGCGCCUUACUUGCCCACAAGGAAGAGGCAUCUCUCGGUCCCGUCCUCAUAAUCUGUUAUACCAAUCAUGCCCUGGAUCAGUUCCUGGUGCAUCUGCUCAACUGCGGCAUUGAGAAGAUAAUCCGCAUUGGCGGUCAGAGCCGUUGCGAGGAGUUGGAUGGCAAGAAUCUACGAGUCGUUAGCUCAAGGAUCGCGAAAUCUACCGUAGAAACUAGGGAUUUGGGUGAAGCUUACAGGGAAGUAGAAGAGCUAUCGAAGACCGCUGAUUACUGCCUGGAGAUGCUUCGAAUCGCUCGCAAAGGCCGUCCCAGUCAAGAAUUGCUGUCUCGAUAUUUGCCACGACGUUAUCCUAGAAUAUGGCGCCAAUUUGAUGACCAUGGACAGGACGAGGACGGGUUCACACGCGUUGGAGGUGACUCGAGAUGGAUACUUGUCGAAUUCUGGAUGAAAGAAGUCAUCGAGCAACAAACCGGCAUUUUGUUCGAAUCCAUGGAUGAGGCCAGAGGCUAUCGAAAGCAAAUUGAUGGCAUCCAUUCCGAGGUGAACCGUCGAGCCGUGAUGGAAGCCGACGUAGUUGGGGUGACAACCACUGGCUUGGCUCGGAACAUCGACAUGCUGCGGCGAAUCGGAUCCAAGGUGAUCAUGUGCGAAGAAGCAGCCGAGGUGAUGGAGCCGCAUCUAAUAUCUGCUAUGAUGCCGAAAGUGGAACACUUUAUCCAGAUUGGAGAUCAUCGGCAACUUCGCCCUCAGGUCCAGAACUACCUGCAGUUCAGCAUGGAAACUCAGGCCGGCUUGUCUUACCAGCUUGAUCGCAGUCAGUUUGAGAGACGUGCCGUCGGAGAGCCGGGAUUGGCACCUCUGCCUGUAGCUCAACUCAACGCCCAACGACGCAUGCGGCCCGAGAUCUCGCGACUCAUUCGCAGGAUCUAUCCUCAGCUUGAGGACCACGAUAGCGUUUUCAAGCUCCCGGAUGUGGUGGGGAUGCGCAAAAACCUCUUCUGGUUGGAUCACGAACAUCCCGAAGACUCCAAAGAUGACGGCGCAAGAGUUACGUCGUACUCGAACGCUUGGGAGUCGGAAAUGGCCACGGCACUCGUACGUCACAUUGUUCGUCAGGGUGAGUAUAGCAGCUCCGACACUGCCCUGCUCACGCCGUACUCUGGCCAGCUACAGAAGCUCAAAGCGGCCCUGAGCAAAGACUUCGAGGUCUUCCUGAGCGACCGAGAUAUUGAGAAACUGGCUUUGGAGGGAUUCGUCGACGGUGCUGCCAAGAACGUUGACCCUACCUCCUACAAGACAAUCGAAAAGAAGACUCUGCUUCACACCAUCCGCUUAGCAACCGUCGACAACUUCCAGGGAGAAGAGGCAAAGGUGAUCAUUGUUUCAUUAGUUCGCAGCAAUAUGAACUGCAAGGUUGGCUUUCUGCGCACUGAGAACCGAAUCAACGUUCUCCUCAGCAGAGCGCAACAUGGAAUGUACCUUAUCGGGAACUCCAGGACCUACCGGAAUGUCAACAUGUGGGCCAACGUCCACGAGCAAAUGACCGAGAUGGAGGCCACGGGUGAUUCGAUUGCCUUAUGCUGUCCUCGGCAUCCCGACACUCCGAUCGAAUGUUCGGAACCGGAUGAUUUUCUUCGUUACAGCCCUGAGGGAGGAUGCGAGCUGCCCUGUGAUCGUCGCCUCGAGCCUUGUGGCCAUCAAUGUCCAGUAAGCUGUCACUCCCAGGCGCUUCAUGAUGCGUUUCCCUGUCCACAGCCGUGUCCUCGAUUCCGGACAACCUGCAGCCAUGCCUGCCCGGGAUUAUGUGGACAAAAGUGUCAACCUUGCUUUGUCAAGCUGGACAAUGUUGAACUGCCCUGUGGCCAUAUCCACAAUCAAGUGCCCUGUUAUCGUACCCUGAAUCUUAAGCACAUUACGUGUUCGGUCAAGGUUGAGAAGGUUGUACCGGGCUGUGAUCAUAAAGUGUUCAUCGAGUGUUUCAGGGAUGUCACUUCAGAGAAAUUCCAGUGCCCAACGGCAUGCGACCACAUCCUCCCGUGUUCCCACCCAUGUCCCGGAACAUGCGGAAGAUGCAGGGGCGAACUCAAGGAGGGAGAGACUACCUUUCGCCAUCAAGUGUGUCCAAAAGUGUGUGCUCGGCCUUACAGCACAUGCAACCAUCUGUGUCCUAAGAAGUGUCAUCAAGGGCAGGACUGUGCGAUGUCCCCAUUCAAGAUGCGCAUCGAAAUGCCAAAAGCCAUGUGCCCCAUGCAUCGAAAGAUGCGCUUGGUCGUGCCAGCACCAGGGCUCAUGCACGAUGCCUUGUGCAGCGCCUUGCGAUCGGCUGCCGCAUGCUGCUCCCGCAAAGACGACCGGGUCGACAUGCUGGAGUUCAAGACAUAUGAAGAGAUCGAUCUCAACGAAACCCCCAUUGUGGUUCUUGGCUGUGGUCAUUUCUUCACUGCUGAGACCUUGGACGGCUUGGUGGGGAUGAAUGAGGUCUACACGGUUGACAAGACUGGCAGCUACAACGGACUGAAAGAUCUUUCGGUCUUAGCCAACGCGGUUCCCUCUUGCCCGGACUGCAAGCGGCCAAUCCGGCAAUUUGCUACCAAGCGGUACAAUCGUGUCAUCAACCGAGCAGUGCUAGACGAGACAUCCAAGCGUUUCUUGACCAGCGGACGUCAGCAGCUUACAAAGCUCGAGGAGAAACUUCAGAAGUUCGAGAAGACGUUAGAGAGCAGCAGGGAGGCUUUCAAGAGGUCUUAUACGCAAAACACCAAGGUGCGAUGGGCAAUCGGUGCAGAGCUUGCCACGGAAGCCAAGGAGUUGUCCCGCAACAUGAAGCGCGAACAUCAGCCGACCAAGAGGCUUCUUGAUUCGGUGUUGACCUUGCAACUCAAACGAAGAGCGGGCGAGUCCUUACAACAAGGCAUGGACAAGUUGAGCAUUGAUUCUGGGCCAACCUCUGGGCAGGUCAGCGCUCCCGCCUAUGAUCAACAAGUAACGCUUGGGGCCAUGAUGGUUUACAUUAAGGUGAAAGAGAUGAAGAUUCAGGAUGCCUUACAUCUUUCGAUGAACUUCGCACAAACUCCAGUCGUGCUGCUCACUGUCUGCAAGCAAGUUGUUGCGGCAGCCUCUGAUGCAAAACUUCCGCGUCUCGUCAUCGCAGCCAGCCUAUCCUACGGUCGGGUCGUUCAGCUUUACGAACGGUCCAGACGUAAAGAUCGCAAUUCCACUCGAGCCUCCGAGGAUGGUACCGAAGAGGGAAAGGGAGAUAAGGCUAAGAAAGAAAAAGAAGAGGGGGAGGACCGGGCCAAGACAGCCAAGAAGCUCCUGGGAGAUGCACUCGCCCUCUGCAACACUCUUCCCAACACCGAGUCGGACCGCAAGGCAAUUGAAGCAACGCUUCGGCUCUACAGGACUGAAUGGUACGAAGAGGUGACGCCGGAGGAACUGGCGGCUAUCAAGACGGCUAUGGUCAGCGGCAGAGGAGGGAUCGCGACCCAUUCCGGACAUUGGUAUAAUUGCGAGAAUGGUCAUCCGGUAAGUUUCGGUCGAUGGUGCUCCUCUCUCUCUUCCACACACACACAC